UGCCAAUCCGAUCUCCAUCAGUCCGGAAAGCGUUCCGACUCGCCUAUUUGUCACGGAUGUGGGUGCAGGCGAGUGUGACGCUAUGCGCGCAAGCCGUCCCUUUCGACCCCGCCUCGCGCGUCAGUGACGUUGUUGGUGGGGGUGAUAAGAGCCGGGAAUGAUUUUCGCGGAAGAGGGGGAGGGCAAAGGGUAUAUAUAUUUUUCGUCCCCUCCACCCUAGUCAAUCUUGUCCAUCAAGGUCGCAUCCACAUUCAAGUGAAUACCAGAACCAACCAAUCACAUAUCAAAGUCGAAGAAAGAAGAACUCGCCCAACAUGCCUGGAACCGGAAGCUGCUUUUGCGGACAUGUCAAGUACAGGUACACUGGCGACGUCCAGGCCAAGGCUCUCUGCCAUUGCCUAGACUGCCGCAAGAUCUCCGGCUCCACCUACUCCACCAACCUCAUCGUGCCCGGCGAGGGCUUCGAAGUGGUGCAGGGCACGCCCAAGGAAAUCUCGAAGACCGCCGACGACUCCAAGAAUGCCAUCACCUCCUACUUCUGCCCGGACUGCGGCAGCACGCUGUUCCGCAAGGGCGCCACGUUCGGUGACGCGGUCAUCGUGAAGGCGGGCACGCUCGACGAUCACUCCUCGCUGGAGUCGCACAAGCCUGAGCUCGAGCUUUACGCUGGCCACCGUCCGUCCUGGGUGGGUAAGGUUGGCAGCUCGGCGCAGAAGAAGGGCAUGCCGGAUUCGGAGGACCACGAGGUCAGCACCACGGACAAGAUCAAGGCCAAGCUGGGGGCUUAGAUGUCGGCAUCAAGCGUCGAGGGUAUCCACGGGAUUUAGCCAGGGAAAUUGCGAGAUGUAGUUACUGAGAUAGCCGGGUUUAUGAAGUGAGG